UUAGUGUUAAACACGUGAUAUCUUUUGUAUAAAAGCCAGCAGUCUAUGUCAAAGAAUUACUUUUUCCGUCUGCGAGACAUAAUACUCACCAUGAAAACAUUUAUUGUUCUUGCUGUUGUUAUUGUAGCAGUUGCUGCUGAGACAUGCAGAGACACCAGGGACUGUAGUUCCAGCGUUACAUCGUGUGCUUCAGGAUCAGAGCUUCACUGUGUCAACCGUCAGUGCACGUGCACAACUGCCGGUUCCGGUUCUGGAGGCUGUACCAGCGCUGAUCAAUGCACCGAUAGAUGUGACCACGGACGUCAACACCACUGUAUCGACGGUCAAUGUAGAUGUACUCACUUUUAAUUUAAAUUCUUAAUCCUCAAUAAAACAUAUAUCUAAAA